AUGAGCGGCUCACAAAAAGCGCGUAAAUCGCAAAAACGAAGCGAGGAGGCGAAAAAUGUAAGUUUUUUGCAUUGUUCUUGUUUUCAGGCAAAUUCUCGCAUUUUCAGUUCAUGAACGCGGUGCGGACCGCCCACGAGGGCUUUUGCGAGUGGGACCCGGACUCGAAGGUCCAGUGGACCGUGGACCCGAAGACCGGCGAGGCGAUCGAGCUGAAGAACGCGGAUAGGGCGGACAAAUCGCCGCUGAAAGACGUGGAAUGGAAGUACGUGAUGAAGUACGACGAAUCGGAGGAUUCGAGUGACCGAGAGGACGUCUCCCACGCAAAGGGACUCGCAAUGGCCGCCCGCGAGAUGAAGGAGGUACCUUUUUUCGCGAAUUUUCUAUCAAUGCCGCUCACAAUUUGCUUGAAUUCAGAUUAUGAAACUUCUGGGAAAGAAUGGUAUGACUCCCAGAUCCUCCUCAAAAGCGGUCCGCUUCUUGGCAGUCUAA